UAACAGAAUAAAUCUGUAAGCAAACUUCUAAGACUUUUCCACUUUACACCACACAUUCACUUGACCAUACAUCUUUAGGUAAUGCCUAUGCCCUUCAUUUGUCUCUUCCUCAAACCUUCUCCACUUUCUUCUUUCUAUAUUACUCUUCCCUCUCAUACUACUUUCUUUUAUCUUCUCAUAGAAUUAAAUUUCAACAAAAACAACCUAGGUUUUGAUAACUAAUUCACCAUGGAAUUCAGCUACCUUCAAGAUGAUUCAAAGAGCUCGAGCGAUGAAAACAUCGAUCGAUCAUCUGACCAAAACAACGAUGAUGAUCAUGAUCAUCACAUGGGAAUUGGUAGAUCCUAUGAGUGUGUGUUUUGCAAAAGAGGUUUCACAACUGCUCAAGCUUUAGGUGGACACAUGAACAUUCAUAGAAAAGAUAGAGCAAAUAACAACAAAAGUGCCACUAAAACCAAUUUUGCUCCUCCUAGUUCAAGCAAAUUAGUAGUUGAUCAUGAUAACUAUGGAGAUCUUGGAUUUUAUUCAACAAUUAAUCCAAGUCAUCUUGCAAGAGGGGGUUAUUAUUCUUCAAUUUCAUCCACAACAACUACUCCUGAGGUAGAUUCUCUUAAUUAUCAUCAAAUAUAUUUUCCUUCACAUGUUCAAUAUAGUGAGAUGUUGUGUGUUGAAAAUCAAAGGAUGUUUGGACAAGAUUGGAGGGGUUUGAGCUUGUAUACAAAUCCAUUAAAUAAAGACAAGAUAGAAAACAACAAUGAAGUGGGUGAAUUGGAUUUGGAGCUUAGACUUGGUCAUUAUCCAUAGCAAGAAUUAAUAUAUAUUGCACUUAUUUCUCUACCUUUGUGUAUAUAUAUAUAAUUGCAUGUUUUAUGUAUUAUUUCUGAUGGCAUGCAAUUGUAUAUAUUGAGAAGUAAUUAAGAUUUCUAUGCUGUGGGAGCUUUUUCAACUAAGGAGGGUUAUAUGUAUACACCCUGCCCCUUAUAUACUACUAGCUAGGGUUUUAUAUUAUUAUAACCCAGAAGUUUUUACAUAUUUCAAUGUUUCUUUUGCUACUACUCUCAUGUUUAAUUUUUGUAUGCAUCUUUUGCUUGUUUCAAUGAAAAUUAGGUUAUUUAUGUA